GGUAAAAAUGUUUAUUGGAGGCUUGAUCUGGGAUACAAGCAAGAAAGAUCUGACUGAAUAUUUGUCUCGAUUUGGGGAAGUUGUGGACUGCACAAUUAAAACAGAUCCUGUCACUGGAAGAUCAAGAGGAUUUGGGUUUGUGCUUUUCAAAGAUGCUGCUAGUGUUAAUAAGGUUUUGGAACUGAAAGAACACAAACUGGAUAGCAAAUUGACAGACCCUGAAAGGGCCAAAGCUUUAAAAGGGAAGGCCCCAAAAAAUAUUUUUUUGGGUGAAUUGAGCCCAGGUACUUCUGGAGAACAAAUUAAAGAAUGUUUUGGAGCCUUUGGAGAGAUUGAAAACAUAGAACUUCCCAUGGAUACAAAAACAAAUGAAAAGAGGAUUUUGUUUGCAUAUACAGAUGAAGAGCCAGUAAAGAAAUUGUUAGAAAGCAGAUUUCAUCAAAUUGGUUCUGGAAAGUGUGAAGUUAAACUUGCUCAGCCCAAAGAGGUAUAUAGGCAGCAACAGCAACAACCAAAAGGAGGUAGAGAUGCUGCAGCUGGUGGGCAAGGUGGUACCAGGGGUCGUGGACGAGGUCAGGGCCAAAACCAGAACCAAGGAUUUAAUAACUGUUAUGAUCAAGGAUAUGGGAAUUACAAUUGUGCCUAUGGUGGUGAUCAAAACUAUAGUGGCUACAGUGGCUGUGAUUAUGCUGGGGGGAACUAUGGGAACUAUGGACAUGGACAGGGAUAUGCGGACUACUGUGGCCAACAGAGCACUAAUGGCAAGGCGCCUCGACGCGGUGACAAUCACCAAAACAACCAGCAGCCAUACUAAAGGAGAACACAGGAGAAAACAGGAGAUGCUAAAGUAACCUGUCUUGCAGGACGACAUUGAAGAUUGGUCUUCUGUUGAUCUAAGAUGAUAAUUCUGUAAAAGACCUCCUAGUGUACAAGACACAACUGUGUCCAACUGUAUAUAGCUGCCAGUUAGUUUUCUUUGUUUUUACUUUGUCUUUUGCUAUCUGUGUUAUGACUUGAUGUGGAUUUGUGUUUAUACAAAUUUUAUUUGUAUGGUUUCAUGUUAAACCUCAAAUAAAUGCUUCCUUAUGUGAAAA